GGAUUUUCGGAUUCCUGGGAGGUUCAGAUCGUUCAUGCUGUCCUGUUCCUGCUGGUUUACCUGGCAGCGCUCAUGGGGAACCUCCUAAUCGUCAUACUUACCACUUUGGAUGUUCACCUCCAAACCCCGAUGUAUUUUUUUUUGAGAAACUUGUCUUUCUUAGAUUUUUGCUACAUCUCUGUCACGGUUCCCAAAUCUGUCAUCAGCUCCUUGACUCACGAUGCCUCCAUUUCUCUCUUAGGAUGUGCUCUGCAAGUCUUCUUUUUUAUUGACUUGGCAUCUACUGAGAUAGCAAUUCUGACGGUGAUGUCCUAUGACCGCUACGUGGCCAUCUGCCAACCCCUGCACUACGAGGCCAUCAUGAGCCAAGGUGCCUGUCUGACGAUGAUGGCGGUGUCCUGGCUCAGCGGGGUGAUCUGUGGGCUCAUGCAUGUGGGAGCAACCUUCUCCUUACCGUUCUGUGGGUCCAAUAGAGUGCAUCAGUUUUUCUGUGAUAUUUCACAGCUUCUAAGCCUCUUAGACUCCAAGGUAAUCGUCGUUGAGAUUGGAGUCAUGGUUUUCAUUACAAGUCUUGUGGUAAUUUGCUUUGUUUCAAUUACCCUCUCAUAUGCAUACAUUUUUUCUACCAUUAUGAGGAUUCCAUCCAAGGAAGGCAGAUCAAGGACGUUUUCUACCUGCCUUCCACACCUCAUGGUGGUAACGCUCUUUAUGGUGUCUGGUAGCAUCGCCUACAUGAAACCGAUCUCCAAUUCUCCCUCAGCUUUGGACCUGCUCCUGUCUGUGUUCUACACGGUGGUGCCCCCCACCCUGAACCCGGUCAUCUACAGUCUGCGGAACAAAGACAUGAAGGCCGCCCUGCGAGGCGUGGUGUUCAAUGUGGGGAAUUUGAUUAGGGGCCAGAACCCUUGA